UACAGCCAAUUAAACACUGCGAGCAGCAAAAGGGCAAAUUAAAAGAUCAUAAGUUUUCUGUUUUUUCUCUUUCCAACUACUUUUCUUUCAAUCAAUUCAAUUACAAGAUGAUGUCUCAAGUUAUUGCCAAACGUGCUGCUGUUUCCGCCAGACCAAUGGUCAGAUCAUUUGCCUCUUCCACCAGAAUGAUGGCUGACAACAAUUCCGAAGGUGCUACCGGGGCAGGAAAAGAUGCUUUUGGUGACCGUGAAAAGGCCCAAGAAAACUACUACAUUAAAAAACACGAAGCCGAACAAUUGAAAAACUUGAGAGAAAAAUUGGACAAACAAAAGGAAGAAAAUUUAAAAAUUUAAAAUAUUGCCAAAACACACACCCGUACACCACGAAUCACCAUGAUGUA